ACAAACUCGAUAGGCGUUCAUUAUUAGUCACAUCUAACUUUAGAAGUGGACCACAACUUACAAUUCUCAAAAAUCUCACACUGUGAAUAUGUAAUAACAUAUUUGUAUUCUCAUUCAUAUAAUGGCGACUUAAAUUAAUGUUUUUUUACCGCAAUGGUCCACCCGUUAUCUUUUCAUCUAACAAUGAUCUAUCAGUGAUUGAAUUAAAACAGAUAAAAGAAGGUCAUUUAAAUGAGGAACUAGUGAGAUGUAAUAAACGAAGAAAGAUGUGGCUGAAACUAAUUUUGUUAACAAUCGUUGUGCUUUCUUUCGUACAUUGCGAUUCUCGAAACAUUGUCCGUGUCAAGAGCAUAACAAGUGCUAUUAAAACAUCAUGGAUGGGUCUCAAGCGAUAUCCAAAUCGACGUUUGAUUACAACACCGCUCCAACAACAGAACGUUUCAUCAAUGGCUGAAUGUGGAAGGUUCUGUUUGCUUCAUGCGCUUUGUAAAAGUUUCAAUCUAGUUAACAUCACAAAUAAUGUUACAUUAUGCGAGUUGCUAAAUCAAACAUUUUUUGAAGAUCCUUGUCAACUGGUCAGACAUCCAAAUGCCACACAUAUAGCAACUGCUAAUGAGUGUACACAGAAUGACAACAUAUGUGGUAACGAUAGAGAAAGAUGCAUUCCGAAUGACGCGAUGAACACUCACGAAUGUGUUUUGAAGAAUGAAGUUGUUUCUGAAGACAUUUGUAAAUCAACACAUAGUGACGAGAAGUUUGUUUUUAGAGAAGUGUUAUCUCCCUGGCCAUUUUGUGAAAUGUGCGAUCAAAAAGAUGUCACAGGAGCCAUAUACAUCCUGAAAAUGACUGGAAAAGAAAAUUUUAACCGAACAUGGAAGGAGUAUAGGAAUGGGUUUGGCGGAUCCGACUUUUGGUUAGGAAAUGAAAAGAUUUACCGACUAACCUUAUCUAGGAACAUUGAAUUGCACAUUUACUUGUCUAAUUCACAUAGUAGCUACUCUUUCUACUACAAGCACUUCCUCUUGGAAUCCGAGAAUGAAUAUUAUCGCAUGAAUGUCGAUGGACGUGAAAGAUUCCCCCGUGAAUGGGAUACAGGCAUUAAAAACUGCGACACAACAUUCAGUACCUUUGACAAGGGAAGUGAAAAGCUGAAAGCCAGCACAGAGGGUACAGGAUGGUGGUAUGGAGGUGAUUGUGCCACAAACCUCUUUCUUGGUGUUUGGCCUGGUAAAGUCUUUUCCGAAGUCCAUAUGAAAUUGAAAAUAAAUCUUUGACUUAGAAACUCGCACUGUCAACUGUCCAUAAACAAACAGGUCAUUCUCCGUAAUAACGGUUCAGGAGUCAAGGGACCCUGGCAACGAGGAUGAAAGCAUCGAAACCAGUUUGAUCAGAAAUAUUGUGGUCACUGUGGAAACGGAUAUGUCCACUAUGUACUGGUUUGACAAAAUCUUUUUUGACUCGCUUAGUGAUCAAUUUUUUAGACAAUUAUAUUGUGCAUUUUUUUUUUUUUACCGAAGAAGAAGUCAACUUGUAUGUUCUUUCUUCCAUUCUUUAAAGUAAGUUCGUGCCAUUUUUUUCGUUUUUGCCGAAUUUAAUUUCGUCAAUUUUUGUCCUGAAAAUUUUUAAUAAAAUAGAAAAGUUAGCGUGUUGCACAAAGCACAACAAAAUUUGUAUAAUUUGUAAAAACGUAUUUAAGAAACGAAUAUGUACAAGACUAAAUAUAAAGUUUGUGUUUGUUUUACAUGUAUGAAAAAAUAUAUAAAAAUCAAAUAAAACAUUCAGUGUUCUCUACUUUCUCCAUACUUGUCACAACACUAGCAGUGUUACUUUAACAACCAGAUUGAUAAUUUUCUUGAAAAACCAGAAUUUUUGAUUUGAGGAUGUUCUCAAAUACAGCUUUCACAAUUCCAACGGGACACGACAAAUUAAUCUUUUUUACCAUUCUUAAUUAGGGUGAAUUUAAGUUGAGAAAGGAGGUCACUUCUUGUAGUGAUGUCACCAUCGCGAUUUAUUUAUUGGCAGUUACCCUAGCAUUGUGGUUUUAAACUGCUAGAAUCAACAGCACAAAUUUUUACCUUCGCAUCAACCAAUCCAAAAUUUAGUGGUAUAGUCGCAACGACACAAUCAUCAGUGAUUCUCUUUAUCUUGCAGUCCUUGUUUACUUUUAGGACUUUUUUACCCUUAAAAAUGACAAUCGUUGCAUCUUC